GGCAACAACUCUGCUUCGUCUGAUUUCGUUAGAUGAGUCAUUUGCUGUCUGUACUGCCACCUGGUGAAGGCGCACAUUACACGCGCACUCUGCCGACCCGGAAGUUAUUCCACUGUGUGGCCAACGUGUGUGUGGUGAGGCAGCUGCGCUGUAACAUCAUGGGUAAGUCCAAACAAGUCGGAAAGCACAGUAAAGGCAGGAGGAAGAACAUUUCCAAGACAUGGAAGACUAAGCGCAGGACAAAGGACCUUGACCAGAUCCAUGCAGACAUGAUCCCUGCAAAUGCUGUCAAGUUACUAAAGCAAGAUGUAGAUUAUGAUGUUACAGGAUGUGCUCAGCAUUACUGUCUGCACUGCGCGAGAUAUUUUGUUGAUUUGAAAUCCCUGAAGGAGCAUUUCAAGUCCAAACUUCAUAAAAAACGAUUGAAGAACCUGAGGGAAGAGCCAUAUACACAGGCUGAGGCAGAGCGGGCAGCAGGAAUGGGCUCCUACAUCCCAGCCAAAACAGUAGAGGUUCACACACAGCAGGUCGAGGAAGAUAUGGACUGAAAGAGGACUUUGGUCUGUCUCUCUGUGGACUCUUUCUCUUCUGGACUCAGAGCAACAAUUUAACCUGUUUCAGAGCUGAAAUUAAUUUGUGGAGAUGGAAAGUAAGUUGAAAAAUAAAAAAUGAGUUGAUAGAAUUCUGAUAAAUAUUCAUUGACAAUUCUCUGUAAAUUCAGACUUAUUUUGGAAUCGAGACCUUGAACAGUCCUUAAACAGCUGGCUACAGAUUUAUACACUGUUGUGAAAUUAAAUUUGUAAAGUCUGCUUACAACAAGCAACCUUCUGGGACUGAAAGCUUCACAAUGUUCAUUAUGUAUGUGAAUAUAAACUCAGCAAAAAAAGAAAGAUCCUCCCUUUUUUAACUACUUUUAUUUCCAGCAAAUUUCUUAAUGUAUAGAUAAAUAUUUGAAAAAGUUCAGCAAGUGAGACAAACUGAACAGCUUUUUGAUGAAAAGAAGUGGAUGAUGAGUCCCUGAACAAAGUGUGUGUGUGUGUGUGUGUCAAUAUUAAAAGGCGUAUUGAGUAUCUUGUAUAACCACCAGCUGCUUUUAAGUACUACAGAGCAUCUCAUCCGAGUCGUGGACUGUACCAAAUUUGAAAGUUCUUGCUUUAAGUUGUUACCCCACUCUUUCACCAAGAAACUUGCAAGUUCCAAAUUGUGUGGACACAUGGUUUGACAAGAUAAGCUGUCCUUCCUGUAGCACUGAUGAAGGCCUCUUACAUUAUGGACAUUACAGUUUAUUGCUCUGGCCACAUCUGCAGUCCUCAUGCCUCCCUGCAACAGGACUAUGGCAUGUUCAUGCAGGUGAUCAGCGACCCUGGGCAUCUUCUGGUGUUUUUCGAAUCAGUAGGUCUCUUUAAUGUGCUAAGGUAUUGUAACUGUGGCUUUAAUCGCCUGUGAACUGAAGUGUCUUAUGGACUUUUCCACAGGAGCAUGCGCAAUACUUGUUCAUAGUUCAACGAACAAGUAAAAAGAAUAUUCUUUAAACCCAUUCUGAUCUGUAAAGCUUAUUUGGAUUUUCCAAAAUCAUCUUUAAAAUACAGUAUCCUGAAAAUGUG